UUUUGUUUUCAAACAAAAUAUUGUGCGAUCUUCUUGGAGAUUUUCAACAUGGAUUUGUUCAGUAUAAAAUGGUUGCUGUUUUGCAGAGUUUUCUUAUGCGUAAGAUCGUUUAUAACUAGAUUACCAUGUAUAUCAUACGCUAGCUUUGAUAUAAUAUACAACAAAUAUUAUUAUGGAACCAUUUAUUCAACUUCAUAUGCAACUAAUGUAAACGAUUGUGGCAUUCUAUGCGUCAGAAAUCCAAAGUGUAUUUUUGCAAACUUUAAACUUAGUGAGAUGAAGUGUGAAUUAAUGUCAACAAAUGGUGUUUCAUCAAACAGUAAAAGCGACUUGUUAUGGCAAGUGUUACUCUCCGAUAUUACCAGUAUAACUAAUAUUGGUCCGAUUUGCGAAACAAAUACUCCAUGCGGAAGUAAUAAUUGUAGAGAUAUAUGUUUAACAGUCAAUGAAACUUUGGUUCACAACUACACUUGCUUCGAUACAGUUGAUCUAACGAGCGGGGGAAUGGCAACCUCUUCGUCAAUCAGUUUUGGUGAUCCAGGUUACGCGGCAGCUUCCGCAGUUGACGGAAACCUGAAUUCCUUUAUGACUACUGAUUGUGAUUUGUUAAACUUAAGUUGGUUCCGACUAGAAUUACAAAAUAUAUAUUGGUUAAAUCGAAUUGAUGUUUACAACCGACGAGACUGUUGUCCAGACAGAAUAGUUGGUUCAAAACUAUUUGUAAGCAUAACAGACAAGUCAAAUGAUUUUUACGAGAUUGGGACGUUAACAUCUGAUAUAAAACAAAUGUUUACAGUAUCUAAUUUUGCCAAAUUUGUUAUUAUAAAUAAAGAUUCUGGUUGUCUUCAAUUGGCUGAGAUUUUUGUUUUUAUAUAACAUUCCAAAAUAUUUUCAAGUAAAAACGAACAUUCAUAGAAAUGCUUUCUGAGUUUAUUUAUGUAAAGAAGAAAAAAAUGAUCAACAACAACAACAACAACAACAACAACAACAACAACAACAACAACAACAACAACAACAACAACAACAACAACAACAACAACAGCAACAACAACAACAACAAGAUAUUCAUUUUCAUGCAGUGUUUGUUACAAUAACGUUUAUAUGUCAACAAAAUAGAAAGAAUAGGGAUAGCAACAAUAACAAUUAUAAAAAUUAUUUAUAGGAACAACGAGGUUCAUAGUAACAAGAGUUAAUCAUUAAUUAUUAAAUGCUGUAGCAAUAAUGAUUGUUAUAAAAAAAGUUGUAAUAAUAAUAAUAAUAAAAAC